CAGAAUAGGUUCGGUUCAAUCUGGUAUUAUUUUCGACAUAGGUUAGGUCCACGCAUUUACGAAUUUCAGAAUGGCUGUACCAAUGACUCCCUUUCUCCCCCCAGGUGCGAGACGCGGCCGGGCCCCCAGUACGUCCUCCGCUCCUACACCUUCCACCGCGACGGGUCCUUCCUGCUGUCCCUGCACUCCUACCGCGACCCCUCCUGCGCCCAGCCCGCCCGCUCCCUCGUGGCGCGCGGCAACCUCACCCUGGGGCGGCCCUCCUGGAUCACCCCCGGGGGCACGGAGGCCGACUACACGCUCUCCAGGGUUGAGGUCAUAGGUCACUCCCACCUGGACGCCACCGCCCUCGCCGCCGCCGUCAACGCCACCUGUCCCGGCAAGGUCACCAAGCACUGGAAGCCUCACAAGCCCUAUGUGGUUCUGUCUUACGCCGAGGCUGCCAACGAAGUCACUGAAGACGAGGACUGCUCUGCCGGCCUCGGGGGAGCGUGGAACGAACUACAGCUGAUCCGAGUCGAGGUCACAAUGCAAGGAGGAGGAGGAGGAGGAGGGAAGGACGGGUCAAGGAUCGCGAGGAAGGAGCUGUUUCUGGGUGACCUGCACACGGAUCAGUCCAAACAGGAUCUCUACCGCCCUACAGGAUAUCAGACCCCGCUCCUACACGCUAAGUUUGCUGGCUCGUGCGGCGGCGUGUGCAAGGCGGUUGAGAGGGCCACGGACCGCAGCCCCCCGCACCUCCAUGCCAGCCCCGACCUCCCCCUUCUGCUGGCGGGCUCCUGGGCCUCCCGACACUGCGAGACCCGACCCUACGGCAUGUUCCUCACCAGGCACCUCGAGUUCAGCCCCAGCCGCCGCCGCUGGAGCAUGACGCUGCGCCACUACCACGACCCCGAGUGCUCGCGGCCGUCCUUCACCCUGCAGGCCAGCGGCACCCACGCCCCCGUCCCCGCCCCCGCCGCUGCCCCCGCCGCCGCCGCGCCCCGCCACGCCCCCCGCCACUCCCCCCGCACCGCGCCCCACGCCCACGAUUUCAACGUGACGCGGCUGCUGCUGACGCCCGAGGACGAGUACCUGGCGCGCGCCCUCAACCAGUACGGCGAGGAAGACUGCGGCGCUCGGGGCUCCUGGGAGACGGGCGCGGCGCAGGACGUGACGCCCGGCGGCGGGUGCGCGGCCGUGGGCGUGCGCGUGCCCGCCGUGGAGCGGGAGAUCGUGCGCACGGGCGUGGACGAGGCGGGCCGCAUGUGGCUGGCGCUGGGACAGACGCCCACGACACGCUCGCUGGCGGGGGGCCGCCGCCCCACCAGCUGGGGACCGGAGCUGACCAGCUGCCGCAGCUACCACGCCUACCGCCUCGACAACGCCCUCGUGCCCGUCGUGGGCGCUCGCACUGCCUCCGCGGCCCCCGCCCUGCCCGCCCCGCCGCCCGGCGCGGCCCUGCUGGCGGCCCUGCUGCUGGCCCUGCUGGCUGCGCCGCCCCGCCGCUAGGGCCUGCACCGGCAGGAGCCACAGCCGCCUCGCCGCGCCCUCGCGGCGGCCGCGCAGAGUGAGAAGCACACAACAGUUUAGUCCCUGAGGCGGCGGUGCCCCGCGUCGCGCGGCCCCGCCCCGCCGAGCACCGCGGGCCCCGCAGGCACCGCGCCCCGCCCCGCCCCGCCCCGCCGAGCCAGCACCCGGCGGGUCACACAGCAUCACGCCGCCGUACAAACCCUCGCAAGGAACCCGCCACGCUCCGCUCUCCUCGCUGACGGCACGAUGGGAUGCCCCUCCUCCGCCUCUUGCCUCCAGUGACAGUGGCGGCGCCGCGCGCUGGUAACGCUGAGGCACAAACACGGCCGGCGGCCAGACCGACGCGGAGGAGCGGGAUGGAUCACAAGACAAGCGCCGUGAAUUGUUUUAGUGAUGCGUUAAGGUCAUGUGACUCCAGACGAGGAGGACAGGAGGAGGGAGUAGAGGAGGAGGAGGAGGAGGAGGAGGGAGUAGGUAGAGGAGGACCAGCGAUUUGGAGAUGUGGAGUAGUUGCUAAACAGUCUGACUUAUGUACCAUAAAUAAUAAUAAUGAUAAUAAGAAUAAUAACAAUAAUAAUAAUAAUAAUAAUAAUGAUAACGAUAGUAAUAAUGAUAGUUAUAUACAUGAACAGUUUUAAGAAGAAAGUAGAAGACGUGUUGUAGUAGAUUAUUACGUAACAUUUGUUCUCCGUAGCUGUGGUAGAGAAAGAAAAAAGAAAGAAAAAAUAGAAAGGUAGAGAGAGAGGAAAAAGAACAGGAAAAAGUAGCAGGAAAUAAAGGAAGGAUUAUAGAAAGGAAACAAGAUAAUUUAUGUUCCUUUGCAUAUUAAUUAACGUACAUAUGAUUUUCUCUCUCCUUGAUUAUACCGUGUACAUAUAUUGCCAACCAGUCAGUCAGUCAGUCAGUCAACCAGUAGAUCAAACUGUAAUUACCACCACAGCUUCAACAAUCAGUCAAACAGUCAGUCAGUCAGUCUCCAUCACACUCAGUCAGUCAGUCAUCAUCACACACAAUCAGUCACUCAGUCAGUCACCAAAAUCAGUCAGUGAGUCAUUACCACACAGUCAGUCACUCAGUCAGUCAAUCACUCCCUCAGUCAGUCAGUCAACCAGUCAAUCAGUCCAUUAAUCAGUCAGUCAGUCACCAAAAUCAGUCAGAGAGUCAUUACCACACACAGUCAGUCACUCAGUCAGUCAAUCACUCCGUCAGUCAGUCAGUCAAUCACUCAGUCAGUCACCAAGGUCAGUCAUACAUUACAACCAGUCAGUCAGCCAGUCACCAAUACCCAGUCAAUCACCAGUCACUCACCUAAUCACCACCACCACCAUCAUCAUCACCACCAUCACCAUCACCACCAUCCCCUCUCUACCAUGUUCAUACAGAUAGAUAGAUAGAUAGAUAAAUAGAUUAGAUAGAUAGAUGUAGUAACCAAUUUCUCCUCUCUCUCUCUCUCUCUCUCUCUCUCUCUCUCUCUCUCUCUCUCUCUCAUCACCACCACCACUACCACCACCUUUACAAAGCUACCCCAACCACCUUCGCCACCAUCACCACCACCACCAAAACCACCACUUAUUUCAUCACCACCACCACCACCACCAGCACCACCAGCUACCUCAAUACUUAAAGAAAUAAAAACGGGCAUUGAUUCUUUUCCUGACAAGUACAGAUUCUUCUUUUUUUUUUUUUUACUUUUCUUUUCAACUAACAAAGGUAAUUCUGGCCCCUUAAUUAAUCAGGUAUGCUAACUAACCAGGUGUAUGUUGAGACAGGUGUGUUCUAAGUAUGUAUUAAUAUAAGUAAGAUAAGGCGUAGUAUAGGUAUGUUGUAUGUGUAUUUUUCUUUCUAUGUAUCUCUAUGUCUAUCUAUCUGUCUAUAUCUAUCUAUCUAUCUACCUAUCUUUCUGGCAGCUAGAGUGUGUAUGACUGUAUCUACGUGUGUGUGUGUGUGUGUGUGUGUGUGUGUGUGUGUGUGUGUGUGUGUGUGUGGUGAGAACGAUUCUGUACUCCAUAACACCCCACAUCUCUCUCUCUCUCUCUCUCUCUCUCUCUCUCUCGGUAGAACACUUCAAGGCUUCAGUGUUGUCCAGUGUUGCAUGUGUUCGUCUUCGUCAGUGUUCCGUCAAAGGUGUUCCGCAAGGCUCGAUUUCGCACUUCUACUAAAUAAGGCAAACUGUAACCGUAGAAUUGUGUAGUCUAAGAACUUAUCGGUAUUCGUAGAGACUCAUCUGACUCUCACAUCAGCUAUUUCCAAAGGCCGUAAAGGAGAUCAGUCGGGCUCCCAUUAGUGUUUCUUUAGGUUCACGGUACAGGAGAAGGGUCACACUACCACCAGGGUCAUAAAACUACCCCUGGAAAUGCCCCACACUCCUACGAAAGCCUUGCCAAAUAUGUGACCUUGUGCACCGAACUGUUUAAAAUACGACUCUUCAACGUUUUAGCCUAAGAACGUGUAACUUAAGAACGUUUAGCCUAAGAACGUUUAGCCUAGGAACGUUUUAAAGAUAAGAUGAUGUAGAUAGUGAAUGGAUAGAACAUGUAGUACUUACUUAACAUAGAGACGAGUUGUUUCUAAGUAAUGUUGUGUCGCUAGAAGAGUGAACGAAUCUGUAUUUUUUUCUUUUUUCUCUUUAUUUCGAUUUGUCGCCACCUCAAGGGUUGGGACACAGACUUUAUAGAACCCGUCACGACCAUGCAGAUUAAGGGCCUGUGUCGGGUGACGGCCCAUGAAGAGGAUGCCGACAGACCAUUGCAGCUCUAUCGGCGGACGUCAGCCAAGCCCACCAAGUCGGUCUGUUGACGAGGACUGGCGUGCCUCUGAGUGUGUGCCGGAGUGGGUUUAGUUAGCCAUCUUUCCGUCUAUGUACGCCAGAUUUCUUGUAACCGUGGUAUUAGUAUUCAUAAGAUUCUGUGGCUAGUUUGGCUUUUUAUCCAUUUCUAGGACGGAGUUAGGAGUGUUAGGUUUUCACACUUAUACAAACUCAGGCGUAAAAAGUAAUAUAAAAAAAAUCUAAACAAAACCGACUCAGCACGCCUUGAAAAACGGGUCAAGAGAGACGAAUCAGCCGCGGUAUUGUACAUGAAGACUGAUACGACGCUUACAAAACAUAUUCUAGUUGUCGUCUUUCCCUAAGCUUGCAGUGGCGCAGGUCAAAUGGAGGGAUGAAAAAGGGUGUUGAGUCCUCUAUUGCAGUCAACAGUUUUAAUUUUGUUCGUCGUCGAGUGACCUGAAGACCUGCCAAAGUGUCAUACCAGUCCACUUUUUCCCCUCGAGCAAACUACCGUGUGAGAAAGAAAGAUGAAGAGAAACUGUACAUCAAAGCGAGUGUCCAGAUCGUUGUACAUAAUUCUAACCCACUGAUACUCUUGCUAAGUUGUCCAUAUUCCUCACGAUGUCCGAUUUUCUAUGGUGUGAGUAGGCGGUAAACUGAAUCGAGUAGGCUAUGUUCGGUUAAAUGUUCUGAUCUAGCUUUAGUUUUGACGGUACCCUUACAUUUUAUUUGCAAGCCCUUUUACAGGACUAACAAGAGCUGUGCGUCGCCCUCUGUCUGAUGUUUGGUCACCUAUUGAUGAAAAGCGAUGUUCAAGCUAACCGCGGAAAUAGGCCCCGCCCACUCCUGCUUAGUAAUCAUUAUUAGGAUAUACAUCUCUCCUCCCAAAAUUGACCCCUUUUUCGGCCACCUCUUUUGAUUCUUUUUAGGAAGAGUGAGUAGCGGGCUUUCUUUAUUAUUGUUUCCUUUUUUUUGUGCCCUUGAGCUGUCUCCUUUGUUGUAAAAAUAAAAAAAAUAAAAAAUAAAUAAAAAAUAAAAAAACAAGGUCGCACAAGAUUACAAAUGAUAUUACAAAGAUACAAGACUUACAUUAAAUACACAACAAGCAGGUUAAUUAGUUUAUUUCGCUCCCUUAUUCAUAAAGCCUAUCUCCUCAAGCCUGAAUUUACCUAUCCUAUAUUUGAGAAAACUCUAUUUGCAUCAACAACACAUUUUAAUUGCUUACAUUCAUUCAUGCUCUUUAUUUUAAUUCCAGUUCUGGCAGAUCUUCCUAAACUUGAAUUUAUCUAACCUCCAUAUAUCACAAUCGUCUAACCCUUACCAACCUUCAACAGUUAUCCAACCCCUAUAUGGAAAGCACUAUUUGCAUCAACAACACAUUUUAAUUGCUUACAUUCAUUCAUGCUCCUUAUUUUAAUUUCAGUUCUGGCAGAUUUUCUUAAACUUGAAUUUAUCUAAC